AAAAUAAAAAUAAAAGUAAAACCCAAAAAAUUCUCUUUAUAAUCGGGUUCUCAGCCUCCGUUAUAGCUUUCUAAUGUUAUAAUUUUCCCCUCAAAAACACCAUUAAAAUGAGAAACAAAGGUAAAGUACACCCCUUGAUUGCUUCAUCUUCAUCGUCAUCGUACAGUGCUAGCAAGGAAGUUUCUUCUGUGUUAAAGCUAUUGCCUGCUGUUAUUUUGGCUUUAAUAUCGGUUCUUUCCUUUGAAGACCGUGAAGUUUUGGCUUAUAUGAUAAACCGGUCUUUGAAGUUGACAAACACGCCGGUUUUUUCUGCCGGUGAGAAGAAGAUCAAGAAAUCACCGGCGAAUGGUCAUGGGCAUAAGCCACCGGCUUCUUUUGACUGUGAGUGCUUUGAUUGUUAUACUAGUUUUUGGUCCCGAUGGGAUUCUUCACCCAAUCGUGAGUUAAUUCAUCAAGCUAUCGAAGCGUUCGAGGAGCACUUGAACACUGGAGAACAGUCCAGGAAGAGUAACAAUGGUAAGAACCGGAAAAAGGAAAAAUUGGGUCGCCGGAAAAGUGAGAAAAUAGCCAACGGUGUUGGGGUUCAUGAUUUUCCAGCGACAGAGGGGAAAAGUGAAAGAGUUGUUUCUCUGUUACCGGUGUCGGAGACUGAAGUGUCAGCACCAAAGGAAGAUGACGAGGUGGCAGAGAGUGAGGAAAGUGAAGUGAAAGACGUGGUGGUUCCAAAGGAAGAAGAGGAGGUGGUGGCCUCGCCACCGUCGACGGCGGUGGACCGCAGCCACAAGGGUUUGGCUAGAAAGGUUUUGCCGGACGUUUUGGGAUUAUUCAAUUCCCGUUUAUGGGGUCUUUGGAAUCCAAAUGUGUAGGAAAAAAAAAUAAAAAAAAGAGGUAAAAUCCUCUUCUGUUUUUCAAAACUCCGAUAUGAAUUAAAAGAAAAGGUAUUUCUUCUCGAAUAUAUAACUCUUUAUUACCAUCUGUUUAUUAUCAUUGCAUUUUUAUUACGCCGGCGGGAAGUCAUUUUCUAUUUCAAGAAAAUGAUGCUGUAUUUGAUCUGUGAAAUUGAAUAAUGCUUCGAAACAGCGAAAAUCUUUGCUUAGAGGCUAAGUAUGCUGAUGAGUAACCAAUCAGAAAACGACACGUGUAACUGUAGUAUUUGAGAAAUGGUGAGACUGGCCUUACCAUAUUAUAUAACAGUUGAAUGUGAAUCAUGCUCA